AUGAAUAUGAACAAGAAGUUCGAUCGCCUCAAGCAAUGGACCAACGAGCGCAUGGGUCAAGAGGUCAAGACCAAUGUCUCGGACGACUUCAAGGCGCUGGAGAUGGAGAUGGACCUGCGGCAGCAAGGUCUCGAUAAAAUGCAGAAGUCUAUGAACGCAUACGUCAAGACGAUCUCGAAGCGCUCCGAGAUCGAUCCGAAGGAGAAGGUGCUUCCGAUUGCGAGCUUGGGCGGGAGCAUGAUCACACACGGCGAAGACUUCGACCCAGACUCCGAGUUCGGGCAGUGUCUCAACCUCCUCGGUAGAACACAGGAGCGUUUGGCCCGAUCUCAGGAGUCGUACAUCGAAAGUGCCUCAUCCACAUGGCUCGAAUCCCUCGAACGAUCUUUGGUGCAGAUGAAGGAAUACCAGGCCGCUCGCAAGAAGCUUGAAACAAGGCGACUGGCCUACGACACGUCUCUAGCCAAGAUGCAGAAGGCAAAGAAGGAGGAUUUUAGGUUCGAGGAAGAGCUUCGGUCACAGAAGGCCAAGUAUGAGGACUCCGAGGACGACGUACAAAGGCGCAUGCAGGACAUCCGCGACAACGAUCCGCAGAGCGUGGCAGAUCUCGGCUUGUUUCUGGAGGCACAACUCGAGUACCACGAAAAGUGUCGUGCGGCCUUGCUCCAGCUUCAGAGCGAGUGGCCUGCCUCUACACAAGCACCCAGAUCUCGGCCCAACCCACGGUCUCGAUCAAGCACAAUGAGAUCCUAUACCCAGCCAGAACCAGAGCCGGAGCCAAUACCAGAAGUUCGACCAACGAUCCGCUCGAACACCAGCCGGCAGAUCUCCCAGAACAAUUCACCGCGACCAGCAAUCAAUAGAGCAAUCACAUACGACAACGCACCGUCCGCUCGAAGAGAUCUGUCGCCUGCCUAUCCCGUCCAGCUUGCACGCAUCCCGAGCGACUCGCUCAUGGUCAAGACUGCCCGGAUGAACCUACGGACACAGCACGACGGCGACGUUUUCGCCGAUGAUUCUUCUCCUGAUGGCGAUCGUGCGGCUAGUCCGAUCUCAUCGAAUGCAAGCAGCUCCGGCAGGCGUGCGCCUCCACCGCCACCACCCAGUCGAUCGAAAAAGCCACCUCCGCCUGUGCCGCAGAAGAGGGCGAGUGUGAUCUACACAUGA